AUGGACAGUCCGACCAAGAUGGCACCUCAGACCUCGCUCUUUCAGGUCUACCUGCGCCUUCGACCACCAAUUCACACAUCCACCUCCAAGGACAAGAUCGAGCCCUGGCUGAUCGUGGAACCACCUUCCGCGCAAAGCAUGCAAGCGAAGCCACCGAGCUCGCUGUUUUCUACUCAUAUCACUCUGCAGCCCCCGAAUGAUUCCAGGAAACGGGCGAUCGAACGCUUCGGAUUCACCAAGAUAUUUCAAGAGAAAGCUAACCAGUUGGAUGUAUUCGACGAGACUGGGACUGCUGAAACGAUCAAAACUGUCCUGCAGACUGGAAGAGAUGGGUUGGUGGCAACACUAGGAGUCACUGGAAGCGGAAAGAGUCACACAAUUUUGGGAUCGAAGUCGCAACGAGGCCUUACUCAAAUGACACUUGACGUCUUGUUUAGGUCGAUCGGACAGAAUAUUCGGCGACCCGACCAUCCAGAUCUUCCCACUGACAGUGGACUUCUUGCCUCGCUUCAAGCAUCAGACCCAGCCGAAUCCCAAAUUUCAUCCGCAAUUACCUUCUUGGAGUCGAUUUAUGGAGAUGGUGACCGGGCCAGGCUAUCGCGAGCGCAGACACCCAUGUCUAGAGCUCAAACCCCCAUGCUGGUAGGCAAUUAUUCCAUCGAGCUUCCCAGCUCUUUUCCAUCAUCUUCCCUACAAAUGGAUGCCGCAAAGUUGUCAGGACUGAACUUCGUGCCUGGCCAAUUCACCGGUAGCCCUGCCCCCAGACGGAUUCUACCCAUGGCUCUCGAGGUUGAAGGUAGCCCGGAAAAGGAGCGGUGGUAUCCCCCCUCGAAAGUUCCCCUAUUUUCACGGUUGAAAAGUCCAAGGAGGUCCUCUGCUAAAGCAAUUUGUGUAAAGGAAUCGACCAUAUAUCACUCUCGGCGGCCUCAGCUUCCGCGCCCAAGUACUCUAGCGCAACAGCCCGACGUGUCAUCAUUCACGGUAGACAUUGACCCCAACACAGACUAUGUUGUACUCAUCUCCAUGUAUGAGGUGUACAAUGACCGGAUUUUCGAUCUACUCUCGAAUGCAACAUCACCCAACGCGCCUGCAAUGUCAACGCGUCAAGGAGCGGCGCUUCAAAAAGGUCUGCUCAGGCGGCCACUUUUGUUCAAGAACACUGAAAUGUCGCACGAUCGAAAGGUGGUGGCUGGGCUUCGAAAGAUUGUCUGUGGGAGUUAUGAUGAAGCGAUGAUGGUGCUCGAGACAGGUCUUAUGGAACGACGAGUGGCUGGAACAGGCAGCAACAGUGUCAGUUCUCGAAGCCAUGGAUUUUUCUGCAUUGAGGUCAAGAAGAAAGUUGAAACACGGGGUUAUGGGUACGGAAUGCCAACAUGGACGGGUGGGACCAUGUCAAUUGUUGAUUUGGCAGGGUCUGAGCGAGCGAGAAAUGCUAAAACCACGGGUUCGACACUUGCUGAAGCAGGCAAGAUCAACGAGAGUUUGAUGUACCUGGGACAGUGCCUGCAAGUCCAGAGUGAUUGCCAACAAGAGGGUAGCAAGCCGAUUGUACCAUUCCGACAGUGCAAGCUGACGGAGUUGUUAUUUUCAAACUCCUUUCCGACAUCGAACCACAACAGCACAUGUCGACCACCGCAGAAGGCCGUGAUGAUUGUGACAGCCGAUCCCCAAGGAGACUUCAACGCGACCAGCCAGAUUUUGCGAUACUCAGCACUUGCACGCGAAGUUACAGUGCCCCGAAUCCCUAGUGUUGCCAGUGCUAUAUUGGGCAAUGGAUCUCAAACAAGACCAGGUACUGCAUUGCACAACGGACGUCACACACCACAGGACGGUUAUUUCAACGCACAGGAGUUAGAGCAGGCAACGAAUGAAGUCGCAAGGCUAGCGGAAGAAUGUGAUGCCUUGGUGAUCCGGCUCGCGGAGGUGGAAAUCAAGCGAACGGAAGCUGAAUUGAAGCUCCAAGCCACCGAGGAGAAACUUGAGGUGAUGGAGCAAGAAGUGCGAGAUGAAUGUUGGACUGAGAUGGAAGAACAGAUGGAGGAGGAAAAGACGAGGUGGCGGAAAGCAUGGGAACAAGAAAAGGUGCGGACGGAGGAGUUCCUGGACGACAAACUGGACAUCCUACAAAAGACAAAACAGAUGACGAUCCAUGAAGACAAGUCGGCAGAUGCUGUGGUUGCGGAACUGGAGCACGAAAAUGAGAGACUCCGCGCGAAACUUCGAGCAUUGGAACAAGAGCUGCAAAGUCGAAGUCCGACCAAAAAGGCACGGACAACAAAGAAAUCACCGACGAAGGGAUCGGUGUUGCAGGAGGGAUCGAAUGUUAAUAUUGCGACGAAUCCAUUCCUUGCGUCACUUCGAGCUCGAGACAGUGAGACGACAAUCAAGGCGAAGGCGAGUAAGGAGAGUCUGAGUAUGUGUGAUGUUUCACCACGAAAACUGUCCCUGAGGAGCUCAAGCGCCACGCGUGAGGGAGACGGGGACAGGGAUGUUGAACAACAGCCAGCAACAGUGAAGAAGCAGAGGAAGUUGACGACGCGGAAAUGGGAUCUGGGGAAUGUUGACGACUUUUGA